AUGUCAUCAUCCUCAUCGAAGGAAAACUUGAAAAUGGGCAAUAACUCUUCUCAGCCAGUCAAACUGGAGCCCUCUGAGUCCCGCAUCCCAGCCGCCCUUAAAAAAUCCAGCUCUUUCAAUGUGAAGCCAGAGCCUGUCGAACAAUCUGUCCCACUGACCCUCAAACGGGAACCACUCAAAAACGAGUUCUCCGUCGAUUUUGGCACCCACGAUGAUGCGCCUAUGGAUGAUAUCCCAGAGGCCAAACCAGACACACCGGAGGCAGAGGAGAACCCAGCCAGCUAUGUCAAAUUCGAAUCCGUCAAUGAUAUCGAAUACACCCCGGAACUAGCCCUCCAGCAGGGCCUCAAGAUGGUGGCGGAUAUGGAAAUGGGGAUGCAAGUGCUCGACAUUGGACCGCGUCGCAAAGAAGUAUGGGGGCAUGAUACUGCCAAUUUGCGCUCGAGCGGAGUACCCAAGACCCUUAUUGCCAUCUGUGGCGAUUUACGCGAAGGCACGGGUGCUGGCAAAUCCUCCAUCCUGAAUGCUAUCCUCGACGACAACAUUGUACCCACCAGUGGGAUGCGAGCUUGCACUGCCGUGGUUACCGAAAUCGCGUACAACGCUAAGAACUCCAUCGAUGCGGACAUCUCCUUCCUGUCGAGGGAGGAGUGGAAGUCUGAACUUCAGAUACUCGUCGAUGAUUUGACAGAAGAGGAUGGUACCCUUAAACGCACCAACGACCUGAAGAGUGACGCAGGUGUCGCAUGGCAGAAAGUCCACGCUGUCUACCCCACCAUUGACGCCGAAAGGCUCGUCAAGAUGACCCCCGACCAAAUCAUCUCCAGCAAUGCCAAAAUCGAGAGGAUCCUUGGUGCCACCAAGAACAUCUCUGCCACUAGCUCCAAGAAAUUUGGGAUCGAGAUUGGUAAAUACAUCGACUCGAAGGACCAAAAGCGAGGCAAAGACAAAGACAAGAAAAACAAGGACAAGGAUCGCGACCCCAACGCUCCCGCAUUUUGGCCUUUGAUUCGUCAAGUCAAUGUCCGUGCCCCAUCUGCGGCGCUUGCCACAGGAGCUAUUCUCGUAGACUUGCCUGGAACUGGUGAUGCAAAUGCCGCACGAAACGGUAUAGCGCGCCAAUACAUGAAGAAAGCAAACUGCAUAUGGAUUCUUGCCCCAAUCCAUCGUGCCGUUGACUCCAAAGUCGCGAAAGACUUGUUGGGUGAAGCCUUCCGGACCCAGUUAAUGAUGGAUGGAGGGUACGACGCCCAUACGAUAACCUUCAUUGCCACUAAAUGUGACGAUAUCUCCUGCUCUGAGGUCAUCUCCAACCUUCACCUCGACGAUGACCCGGAGCUCGAGGAUAUUCAGGAGCGUAUCCAUAAACUCACUUCGGAGAUGUCAGACACCAAGAAAAAGCGGACUGCGGCUGACACUCGCGUGAAAGCCUUGAACGAGGAACUUUCACAGUGUCGUGCAAUUGCCAAGGAACAUCAAGCACACCUGACAGCCUUGCGAGACGGGGAAACAUUCGAGCCCAUAUUGACGAGCAAGCAGGCAAAGAAGACUAAUGCCGACAAGUCAAAGGGGAGUAAAAAGCGCAAAAACACUCGUGGCGGCAAACCCGGCUCCCCAAAACGCCAUCAUAGUGUCUCGGACGACGAGUCAGAAGAGGAAUCAGAUUAUGACUCAGCAUCUGAUUCGGAUGAUACCAUCAGUGAUGUUGACUCAGACGAUGAUGCUCCCAAGAAAAGCAAGAAGGGGAAGAAGAGUAAAAAGUCAAAGAAGGAUUCCGACGACGAAGAUAAUUCGGACUCUGACGAAGAGGACUCCGAUGCGGAGAAGAGUGACGAGGAUGAUGAUGACGACCAAGAUGAGUUGAUGGAGGAAGAGGUCACCGAGGAAUCAUUGGAGAAAGCCAUUGCGGAUGGCAAGAAGAAAAUCGCUGAUUUGAGAGCCAGCCACAACGAGGCUCGUAAAGAGCGCAAGGAAGCCGUCGAUUUGAUCUCGUCCCUCAAGGAGAAAGUGUCUAGCGUUCAGAAGGAAAAGAAUGGCUUCUGCGCCAAGAAACGUUCAGAAUUUUCCAAAGACGUCUUGAAGGAGGAUUUCCGUUCCGGACUGAAGGACUUAGACGACGCUGCUGCCGAAGAGCGGGAUCCUGACAACUUUGAUCCCAGUAAAUCUUUGCGCGACUACGAUGCGAUAGAUUUGCCCGUCUUUUGCGUUUCUGCUCGGGACUAUGUCCGCAUCAAGAAGCAAGUUCGGGGCGACGGCGACCCUACCUGCUUCACCAACGCCGAUGACACAGGAAUCCCCGCAGUCCAGAGCUGGGUAACAUCUCUGACCGUGUCGUCUCGUGAACAAGCCGCACGCAACUUUUUAACGCAACUCGAAACAUUCGCCAAAGACGUCCGUUCAUUCGCGGAUGAAAACGUUUCUGUAACGCCUGCGGAUCGUGAUGCUCUCCGCAACAAAUGGGAGUCAGGAAUGCAAGAGCAACCUGACCUUGACGACCAAGAUGAAGAGGACGAUCCGUUCGCAGCUGUCCUUGGGGGUUACACUGGGCCCAAACUGCACACUAUGCCCGAGCUACUGCCCAAAGUAGACCGCUUCGGCCAGCCGAUUGGGAUUACGCCUCGUCUCAUUAAAGAGUUCAGCAAGGUUGUGGAGAAUAGUGUCAUCUCGCUGAAGGACCACCUGAGAGAUGGAUUAGAGGAGCGAUGCCGCGUUGGUGCCUCGAAUGCUGCUGAAGCUGCUGUCAUCACGUCGGAUGACUUCGCCUCGUCAAUGCACUGGGCCUCGUACCGUGCUACCCUUCGACGCCAUGGAGAAUACCGCCGCGACCUGAAUGUCGAGCUUGUCAAUCCUUUUACACGCAACAUUGCCCAGGCCUGGCAACAAGUCUUCGAAGCGGAUGUAUUCACCCCGCUGCUCAACAGCAUCUUAGAGCGCGUUUCGAACCUGGUGAAGGACGUUGAGAAGUCUGCUGCCUCGGGUCUGAAGGACUACGCCAAGUCGCAGGGCGAAACAUGUCGCGAGUCGGCGCGAGUGGCGCUGACGCAGACUGUGGCCUCCGUGAAGGCAACUCUCAUCGACGAACAAAAAACGGUGUCGCGGUCCGUUGCUCCCUAUGUCAAGGACCAGUUGUUGGACGGCUACGAGCUCGCGAUGGAAGAGCGUGGGACGGGGUCUGUCGCACGCCAAAAGGCGGUAUUCCGGAACUACAUCUCCAACUGCAAAGACACCCUGUUCGAAGAUGGGGCUGACUCAAUUCUGGAGCAGCUGGACGACUGUGCCUCGUCGGUCGGCGUCACGCUCAACUCGGCGAUGGUUUUGCUUGCGCAGAAGGUGGAGAACAACAUCUCGGUGCUGUGGGAGGAGGUCCGCGAUGACCCAAAGCAGACGAUGAUUCGGUCGAAACUGGUCGCCCAGAUCGACGCGAUUGUCCAUCAAGUCCACCUUCUGUCUGCUGCUGCUGCGAAAGCGAAAACCGCGAAAGAGAUGGAAGUUGACGCUUGA